UUAAAAUUCGGCGAAGUUCCAAAACAUAAAGGUUACAAAAGGAAUUGAAUUCGAAAGAUCACUAAAGUUUACCGCCCCAUCAUCUGAACUCCAAAAUUAACGUAAGUUUAGUUAGGUUAAUUACUUUUUACCUUGUCCACAUACUCAGUGCAUGCUGUUUAAAAAAGAUUUUCAUGUUCACAGACAUUGUUAUCGUGAUAAGAGUAGCAUCAAAUGUAAGAAUCGCAAUUCGAGAGCACUUAUUUAUCACGAGGUAGGAAUUAUAUAUUGUUGUUACAAAGUUUUUUUUCCAGUGGUUACUCAGAUAGUUAUUUUGUCAAAUUUCCCACAGAAGCCUGAAACUUAAAAGAACAAACAUCUUAAGAAUUUCGGCUCAGUUUUCUUAACUUUACAUCCUUUGUAUUCAAGUCUCUUCAUGUGGAGAACUAAAAUGGAAACAAAGAAGUUUUCAAUGAUUUAACGAAUUUUUUCUGAAAGUCUUUGCUUCACAUAUCUAAAUCUUCGGAAAUCCUUUAGUUUAGAAAUCAAAGUGAUUUUUGUGAAAGAAUUGGGUUGAAAAAUGAACCCUAAGCAAAUCUGUUGCAUCAGAAAUUUUUAGUGAAAAGCUUCAGGAUGCAUGGAAGGCGGUAUCUAGGCAACUAGGACGAAGCGAUCAAGUGAAAUUUUGCUUAACUCAUUUGUCAAAUUGAAAUGAGAAGUACAAUUUCUUAGAGAUCUCUCUUGUUCAAAUUUAAAAAAUUAUGAUUUCACAAGGAAAGUUAGGGUGACGGUAAACAGAGAUUGUGAGUGGGCAUACGUAUGGACUCCAAUAUAUUCCUAAUUUAACUUGUAAACAGAAUUAUUUCCUUGUGGUAGAGGGGUUCUAUGGAAAAUUUUUUUAGUAAAUUCAGGAAGGGUGGAAUCAUUCAGCAACAGCUUUCAUUUAACAAGAUCGUUCUCGUGCUUUUAUCAGUUUUCAAGGAAGAAAGUGCAUAAGCUGGACUGCUGUUCAUGAUGAAUUACUGCAGCAAGCCUUCCUAUAACUACAGACAGAAAACCAUGGAGGAAGAGGUAAGGAAAAUGGAUUAUACAUACUGCGGCCGGUUUUAGGAUAACCCGGCAUCGAUGGCUUGCGCUGAAUUAGUCGGGCCUGAGUGUUGUAUCGUGUGUGUUUUUAGCGAAUUUCAAUUUGGCUUGUGUUACCAAGCUUUGGGUCAAAAAACCGAAAGCUGCGCCGAAAAUAGCUAAAAAAAAGAAUAAGGCGAAGGCGAAAGUGUUUUUUACUUUGAGCCUCUUGCCUGAGCGAAUUGAGCAAUUAGUGAAAACUUGCUUUAUGAAACUGGAAAAAGGAAUGACCUUACUCUCUUUUUAUACGCUUACCUCAGAUGCUUCCUCGUCUCUUCACCCCAAACAAGGCCCGCAGAGCUUUCAAUUGGUUGAGAUCUGGGCAAUACGACGGUAAGUCACUUAAUUGACACGGUAUACUUAAUCUUUAACUACCAAGAUAUUAUCAAGAAUUCUCCUUCAAAUUUCGAUAUAGUUCCUUGCAAAUAAGUUGAGAGCUUUUGGUGUCACAUCAAUAUAUAUGAAAACCCUAUUUGAAUUCACCUGCCAGAGGAACAUGACUCUAAAGAUAGUCCUUGUAUCUGAUUGACAGAAAAACUUGCGGUGCUCAAAUCGUUUUGGAUCAAGGAAGAGGAAAGACAAGCAACAGAAAAGGUAAAACGAUCCAAUGGAUUUGAUUUGAGAAAAGGAAUGAGUUAAGAAUCAUGUUCUUUUUUCCAGCUCUGAUGACUGCCCAAAAUAAAGCAAAAGUGAGAGAGUGUUUGAAGCCGCUUGAUAACUUUAAUUUUGGUGUCAUCGUUCAUAUCGACUUUUUCAAGGCUUUGGACCAUUAGAUAGAUUUCGAAAGCUCAACUCCACAACCGAAGAAAUGUAACAGAAAGCCAACCUUAAACUUACGAUUAAUAUAAACCACGACUAUGGAAUAAUUUUCCUUCAGGUUUUGAGGGACAGUUUCCAUCCACAAGUGGUGCCACGAGUCAGGGCGUGGCUUGGUGAGGCUGAUGAGGAAGGUAAGCAACUUGAAGCUUUUCUGUUUCUUUGUUUGUUCAUUACAAAAGCCCUGUAUCCUGUAAUAAUUGUACACUAGGUUGUAACCUGGUCUAUUGAGGUAGAAAAGUAAGUUCUAUUAUGGAGUUAAGUGGCCCAUUCAGCCGGUUUCAUGAAGUAACUAAGAGUGUUGCAGAGGCGACAGUCCAUCACAAGGUCAGGCUAAUUUGGUUUUAUCAAUAGAGUUGAUAACAUAAAUUUGCCACCAUAAAGGGCUUCAAAGCUGACAUUUCGAGCGUAAUUAGCCCUUCGUCAGAGCUAAGUCAACAAGGUCACCCAGCAUUUCAUUUAGCUUAUCUAACAAUUCUUCAGUAAUCAAUUAUACUCCUUGGUAAAGAGAGGACGAAAGUAAAAUGUUUCGCCCGAGUACACAACAGUAUGACCCGACCAGAUCUCGAACCCAGACCUCUCGUCGCGAAGUCCGGCGCAUCAACCGUUCUGCUACUGCGUCUCCUACCCUGAUAAGGGAAAUGAUUUGUGAUUGGUCAUGAUUCGUUAUCAUCUGUAUAUCAUCUUGGACAUCUUUUCGCUUAAAAUGGAAAAAUGGAAUAGUAAAAAUUUACUCAACGCACUCCCCCCAAAAAGGAAAUGAUUUGUGAUUGGUCAGGAUUCUUAAUCAUCUGUAUCAUCUUGGACACCUCUUGGUUUAAAAUGGGGACGACCUCGUUAAAUUGGAGACAAUCUGAAAGGUUUCUACUGUUCUUCUUUCGUGCUAUCAUUACGACGACCUCGUAUAAAUUAAUAUCCUGAGCCCAAGUUUUCAUUUUACAAAUUUUAAGUUGAAAUUUCAUACGGAGGAAAGGAACAUUCUGAAUUAUUUCGCGAGCAUUUUUUAAUUUUAUUGGUUCUGGGUAAUACGAUUCGACAACGCAUUUAAGGUGAUAAUUAAAUAUACGUCACUAUUUUCGCGCGCACGUAACAAAUAUGAUGAUGGAGGAUUCGAUAUUCGUUCACAAUUAUGAAAUGUUGCCAGCAUAAGAGGUUAAAAUCCUCGCAAUGUAAAGCUGGCAACCAACGAUGGAAUCCUACCUCCAAGCUCCGCCUAAACAAUUCUUACUUGCCCUCGUUUCGCCCAAUAAUCGAUGAUGAAGGUUUGUGAUAAUUCCAGUUCAGUGUUGGUUGUAAUCCAUUAAGAAGGUUAUUUCAAAAGACGUUAAGGGAAUCUAGCCGUUAUACAUGCAGAAUAUUAUCAGGGAAUUUUUGACCAAUGAUUUUUGAUAAAAGCGCGCGCGUGGCCGAACGGAUCAGGGACGAGUGCGUGUGCAUUUAACGAUUGGACUCGGACACAUAUAUGUGAUCCCUGAAGCAUCGAAACGGCUUUUUUGCAACCUUUGCGCCAACUGUGCGCUAUUUUUAGUGAAUAAGAAAAUCCUAUCGUCUAAUCCCCAACGUAAAAAUAUGGACAGGUUAAUGUUUUAACUGAAUUUACAUCGGUAAUUCGGCAUCCCACUCUGGUAGGUCUUAAUUUUACCCAGUGAAAUGCAAUUCCUAUGUCACAUUUAAAUGAUUCGGAAGUGCACUUAGUACACAUUACGUUGGAAUUUAUUCAUUUCCUUUCCCUGUAGAGAAGAAAGCAAUCUUCAAGUUAUUUCGGAGCAUGGCUAGUCAACCUUCUCCUGAGAAAGCUUCCACAACGCUUAAAAAACUGAGCCUGCCUUUUGAUGCUUCAACACGUAACUUUGGUGUGACAAGCAACCAAACCCAGAAAAGAAAAAUUACUUUGGAUGACGCCAGGCACAAAAUAAAUCCCAAUCUCUUAACGGCGCGUGGACGUGGGGACCUUAUUUACGUGGCGCAAAGAAGAACUGAGUUCGAUAUUGCACCCGACUGGAGAGCACCAAUGCGUAGCGUGGUUCCUAUGACCCAGAUCACUCGGGGUUGCUCCUACGCAGGAGAGGCUACCAAGGUUAACCAAGCACGUCUGUCUACAUAA